AUGGAGACCCGUCAGAAGCGAGACGGUGCUGUGAAUGUUCGCGAGACUGUGAAAUUUUCGGCGGAACAAAAACGAGUGAUCCUCCUGUACCAUUUUCGGAGCGUGGUGGCAGCUACAAUACCUGAAAUGGAGGGAGAUUCCUUUGAAGAUGUUGAGAAAGAAGAGCUACGGAAACAAAUUGAAGAAUUGAAGGAGACCUUGGAAGAUAUGAAUCGGAAGAAGCUUUCUGAAGAGAAUCGCAUUAGGCAGGAACUCUCUGAAAUCUUUUUUAAUAGGAUGAAUGACCUUCAUGCACAGCGAAGAGUAUCAUCCAAUCGACACAGGGAUAAUGAAUUGUUGGUGGUUGAAGUCAAAGCAGAGCUGGAGCUUGAGAGAGAGAAAGCUGAAGCUUUGAACGAAGAACUGGAAGAGUUGAAGAAAGAGAAGAUGGGAAUGCUCGUGGAGAUGCAGACUCUAAGGGAUGAGGAGCUGGAAAAGACAUUGAAGUCUGGAGUGACAGACUACAUGAAGCUCAUUGAUCUGAACCAUGACUUGAAUGAGGCAAAUGAGAAGUUAGAAGCAGAGAACUUCACCCUUCAUGAGGAAGUAGCUGAUCUUCGAGCUGAACUUGAGGCCCUCCGAGACACUCAGGGGAAUGAAGAUGAGGAGGAGACAGACUCUGUCAAGAGUGAGGAUCAAACAUCUACCAAGAAGAAGGAUGAUCUUCUUACAGAGCUUCAGCUAACAAAGAAACAACUCUCAGAUUCUCAAGCUGAGUGUCAAGUGAUUGCUAGCAACUAUGCUGCUCAUCUCCAGGAAGCAAACAAAAACCAGGAAGAAAUGCAGGAGAAAAUAGACCUGCUGGAGCAGGACUAUGCAGAGGCACUGCAGAAGUUGGAGUUGGUGCAACGAGACCAUGAAGGAGAGAGUAUGAAGGAAAUUGAAGAGAAACUCCAGACUAUGGAGAAGGAGAAGCUUGAGUUGAAGGCAGAAGUGAGAGAUUUGCAGCAAAAGUUGAAGAACAGUAAUGACAGUAUCACUGAACUCCAAGCACAGCAAAUCCAGGUGACUUUGGCUUUAGAAUUGUCAAAGAAGGCCAAAGAGGAAUUGGAAGAGAAGGUGAAUGAUAUUCAACAACAAUAUCAGGAAAUUAUGAAGAAUAUGGAAGAGGAACUCAAAAAGUGUUCCAAGCAGAAGCUAGAUUUGGAAGUCAAGGCAAAGGAUCUGGAAGAGACCAUGAUGGCCAAGGUUCAACAUUAUACAGAAUUACAGGCAGAACAUGCAGAGGUGCUCUCAAAGCUGGAUUCUGCAAUUAGGACUGCUGAUGAGUUACAAAAAAGGACUGAUGCUGAUGAAGGCCAGCAUAAGGAGAUGUUGAAGAAUCUUAAAGAGACAGUCAAGGAGUAUGCAAAGAUGAAUCAGGAGUUGGAUUUCAAAGUGAAGAUGCUGGUGGAGGAAAUUACACGCAAGGAUCAGCAAAAUGCAGAUCUUCAAAAAGAACAUGUGAAGUUGGAGCAUGAAAUGGAGAAAGUAAAGGAGGAAAUGGGGAUUCAGAAAAAGGAGGUCCAAGGCCUCCGAGCUGCACGAAAGGGAGAUCGUGAACUCCAAGAAGUGUUGCAGAAAAAGAUAGAAGAACGGGAAGAGGAGAUUGGAAGUAUGGAGAGAGAUUCCAAGAAAUCUUGUGCUGCUUUACAGGACCUGUACAAAACCCUGGACUCCCUCAAUAUGGACAAUCAGAAGCUUCAAUCUGAAAACACCAGCUUGAGGUUACGGCAGGAACAACUUAUGUCUGAUAUUGAGCAAAAGAAGAAAGAAGUUGAUGAAGCCAAAAUUGAGAUUCGGAGGUUAAGAAGCAAAGAGGUACCAGGUGCAAGCAUGGUGAAGGAGACACCAAUGUCAAAACCAAAACGAGGAAGAGCCCGUUUGGCAACCACUGGAUCCAAACGCAAGCAUCCUGUUACUCCUCCACAACCAUCACAGCACAUAGUUGAAAAUAUCCUGUGGAUUCCCAGAUCUGAACUGAGCAUCUUGGAGCAGCGAUGA